CAUAUUUGAAAUCAUUAGCAUUGGAUUUCGUCCAUCAAAAAUCCUUCACAUACAAGGAAGUGCUCCACUAUCAACAGUCCUCACCAUAAUUUGAAAUAGGGUCUUUGUUCCGGAUCUCUCUUACUUUGUUGAGAAGAAAAACAACAAGAAGAAGAAGAACAACAGUAUUAGUUGUAAUCUUGAAAUAACCAUGAUGAUUCCACGACGAAGAGUAUCUCUCCUUGCUUCCAUGAUACUGCCAACAGCACAUGUAGUGUCAGCCAAUAUGGUGCUGCGACAGCUGCAUGUAGUGACCAGGCAGGGAUCUCCCACAACUAUUAUCGAUGGGGACUCUAAUUUUCCUGUACAGGCCCUGAGUACUGCCGGGGAAAUGCAAAUGGAACAAUUGGGAGCAUGGAUUCGCCGAGAGUUCCAAGACAACUCGACGGGUCUUUUGGAUCAAUACCAUCCCACGCGAGUGCGAAUCGACAGCUCGGCCUAUGACACUACCAUUGUCUCGGCUCAAUUGCUGGCAAAAGGUCUCUUCCCGUCCAACAACAAUGUACCCGUCUUUUCCCAAGCGGCACGCAAUGACAUUACCAUUGCGGCUGGAGACCAGUGCCCCACCUUUAAUCAUCAAGUGGACCUCCUCCAUUUACAGCAAGACAUGGACUGGAAUGAAAUGGAGUCCGCCUACAUGGGCCUCUUGAUCGAAUUGGCCACUCUGCCAGUACUGAGUGGUUAUGCCGUCCAAGGAUUCAAUGGACCCUAUGUGCCUCUGCACAGUGUCUGGAAAGUCUACGACAUGAUUCGAGAAGCCAAGGUCUUUUGUACCGGCGAAACAGCCGACAUGGGCAUUUGUUCCCUCUUGACAUUCCCCCAUGCCGCAGCCCUCCUCACCGAUCCCGAAUGGCAAGACUUGAAGACUCUCGUACGGUACACCGAAGUGCAAUCCAAAUACGGUGCCGACAGAUCCUCCAAAUUGCUCGCCAGCAACUUGAUACGUCAAAUUGUGGAACGCAUGACCGAUGAUGAACUCAAUACUCCCAAUGAUCCCACCACCAAACGGGUAUUCGUGUCCUCGGCGGACUACCCCACAUUGAUUGCCAUCAUGACAGCCCUCAGUGUGGAACCCAAUGAGGAAAUUUUGGACGAAGUCAUUCCAGGAUACGGAUCGACUCUCUUUGUGGAAUUGUAUCAGGACGAUCAAACUUACGAGCACAUUAUCCGAAUACUCUACAAGGCAUCGGGACAACCCCGGGCCACAGUCCUACGCAUGGGCGAUCAUUGUCAUGACUUGGGAGGAUGUAGCUUGAAGAGUUUCACGGCGCACCUACAAAGCAGUGUCCUGAACACAAAUGCGUGGUGUCAAGCCUGCGAGAAUGACACGUCGGACCUUUGCUUGUUUUACAGCGGUCUGGCAUUUCAAGAGAAACUCAAGGAAGCUCAAGCUGAGGCAGCUGUAGUUAUGGAAACGAUUAAUCUCACUGUUGCCGGCAUGGACAAGACGAAAAGUCCCUGUGCGGUAAAGGAGGAAGUUCGCAACGACGAGUUUGCCGCGGCAUUCCUCGUGGGGAUGGCGGCUGGGAUUUGCUUGCUGAGUUUCGUCUUUGGCAUCGUCCAUUGCUGUCGAAAAGAGGACAACCGAGAAGAUAACGUCGAAAUCACCAUUCCUCUUGCAAAGACAAACCCAAAAACUCCACAAACGUCACGAACAGCUCAAUCGAUUGCUUUCUGGGAUGACGAACCCAUUAGUCCAACCGCAAGCGAAGACCUUGAGGGUGAUGAACUGUCACUAGAUGACAACGAACAGCAAGAGAAAGGCAAUGACACACCUUGUGAAUCACCAGACCAAUCAGCCCCACCUCCUCACUCAACGCCUCCCUCCAAACAAGUAUCCUCCGUGGAGAUUGUGUAAGGUUGUUUUUUCCUCCUACGAAUUGCAUGCGGUGAUUUGGUUCCAUCAUACCAGCUAGCAUGCUGUCAUUCACCCAAUGCCUUUCCCGAGUCGUAUUAGUUCUUCAUGCAAUGCUAGUACUUGUAAAAACGUAGGGAUUCUACGCGUACUAGAAUGCUAUUUUCAUGG